GACCAUACGCCACCGUAUGUAUCGUCGCGAUUUUAUGCGUAAACAUAAGAUAAAAGAGUCCGUCGUCUUUUGAUCGAUGUGCGACUAUGUGCUCGCUUUCUCGUUGAGCGCAACAUCGAAGAAGAAGGGGAGGGAAAGGCGGGAAGGAGAAAGGAAGGAAGGGCUUUUAGAAGGAGAAGGCAGGUAAGCGAGGGAAAAGAACACGGAACGGGGAAGUGGCGUGGCGAGGAGUAUUAUCGAUUCGCCGGGGCUCGUGAGUUAACGGUUUGUUUACACGAACACGGAGACGGGUUGGGAGCAGCGGAGGGCAGGCGGGUAGGGAUGCGCGCGAUGCGCGCAUGCGCCGCGCGACCAAAACAAUAAUAACAGAGUAGAAGCAGAAGGUUCAUGGCUGGCGGACGAACGGACGAACGCUCGUUCCUCCCGUCUCGGCACAAGCUCUCGUCGAAGCCCGUCGAUUGAAAGUCCGCGCGCGCGGAGUCACGAAGAAGAGUUGACCCGUCGCCAUCGUCAUUGUCGUAGUCUAGCGGUAAACAAGAGAGAACGUGUACGGUCAGACGGACAUUUCGCGCCGCGUAUGUACGUUCCAAAGCGGCGCGAUCCGACACGGGCCGGUGCCUCAGGAAGAGUAGGAAGUAAUUCGCGUGGGAUUGUCUCGAGACGGAGUGACGUGACUACCUCGUAAUCGUGCGGUAAGACCAGUACUUUAUUGAUAUUCGAUUCGAAUCCGCAAGUGUUAUCUCGAGUGCUGUGUGCCGUUCGGCAUCUUUCGAGAAACUUAUCGAAACGAGAACCACGUCGCGGCAGGUUCCGCGAAAUUAAACAGAAUUGUGAUCUACCUCGAAGAGAAUCGCCAAGAGAGAGAGAGAGAGAGAGAGAGUGUAUGUGUGUGUGUGUGCGUGAGAGGGAGAAAGAAAGAUAUGGACAGUAAACUGAUAUUUAAUUCGAAAUCUACGUAGUGUCUUGUCUCUUCAUAACCGAGUCAUUGUUCGCUUCGAUUUUCUUUCUCGACUCGGCGUUACCUCAUCGUCAGAGCAAGGUGUGUGUAACGAGUGUGCAUACGUUGUGUAACUCUCGUGACCAUCGGCUAGUCUGGAGAGAGAGAGAGAGAGAGAGAAAAAGGCAGGGUGCGAGAGAAAUUCGGACGCCGUGCGUUCGUUCGAUCGCAUUUCGGAAGCAAAACAAUGCGCUGCUGGUGUAGCGCGUAGUCGGUGUGUAGCGUGCGCGCGUGUGUGUGUGCGUGCGUGAAUGCACGUAUACGUGUACCUGCUUGCAGCUGCCGCACGGGUGCGCUCGUGUGUGUUUGUUUAUGCGCGCGGCUAGCAGUCGCACGCUCGUACUCGCGCGGCAUUCAUUCAACAGUCAGCCGCGAUUCUACGCGCGACCCUCUGUAGUGUGGUCGUUGCCGUCAUCGUCGUCCCGAUCGUUUCGAAAGGAGCGAGCGGGGCCGAAAGCGCACGAAGCGACAAAGACGCGGCGAGGGUAAUCGUCGCGCGUAUUUGGCCAGUGAAUCACGCUCAACCCGUUUGAUUACGGCACGGACGCGCCUCGCCGGAUACAACGUGCAUAUAUAUACAAACACACACACAUAUAUAUAUAUACACACGCGCGCAUGCUGUUGUAUUGUUGUGACGUGUCUUCGUGCGGCACGACGUGCGGGUCGCGAGAACGAGAGAUCGGCUAGCUCUAUAAUUAUCGCUCGCGCCGAUCAGAGAACGACCGCGGUAUCCUUCCGCCGUGGGAAAAAGGAGGAUAUCCAAGUUUCCUCGUUCGCGGGAGAACGUUGCUUUUGUUUUCCGCGAUUUUCAUUGAUGGACUUCGUUCGCUCGGAGGAAAACACAAGUUGCAGCUAUUCUCUCCGUCUAUAUCAGUAUUGUGUCGCUGGAGUACCGUCUUAUCGAAGAUAAACACCGGCACGACGGAAACAGCAACGGCGGCAGUACAGAAAAAAGGAAGUUUUCCAGAGGAAAACAGACGACAACAUUCCGAAAAGAGAUCACACAAUAACACGUCGAGACUCUUUGUUUCCUCCAGUUUUCUACUUGGCUCGUUUCUGCCGCUGAGCGUUUUGCUCAAAAACACCCGUUUUCUGCGUUUUCACGUUGUCAACGCGCUCCUCGAGAAGAUGCCGAGUGCGGAAGAAACGACCUAUCAUCUGAUCAGUGUGCCGAUGCCGGACGGGGCGCAGGCGGACGCAUUUCUGGCGCGCGACGUCGAUCUGCUGGUCUCGCAGAUCAAGGAGAAUCUGCGGCUGUCCAGCUUGAAGGCCAAGUCCAGCAUCAGCCACAAAAACAGCCGGCCGUCGCCGUACCGUGUGCCAGCGCGUUCCUGGGCAGACCCAACCGCUGGCUGCGAGGUCUGCGGCCUGCGUCCUAAUCAACAGCAGCACCAUCAUCAUCAUCACCACAUGGCCGGUCAUCAUCACCAUCACCACCACCACUAUCAUCAUCAUCAGCAAAAGAGGAACGAGAGAAACAGGGUGAACGACGAUCCAUACGAGGUUCUGCAGGAGUUGCUGCGCGAAGGCGGUCUCAUUAAGGAGGCCGUGAAAAGGCUACAGGCGAAUCUCGACGAGUUGUCGAGCUCGGAGGUGGAGGAGGACGAGGAGGUGGUGGUCGACGAUGAGGACGACGAGCGAAGAUCCAGCGGCUGUUACCGCAGAAAACCGUACUUCUACGACUCCGAGGAUGAGCCGUUACCACCGAUGUACGAGCCAAUGGAACUGUGAGGCGUGCGACUGCGGCCUGCCUGAAGCAGAAGAAUGUAACACGGACCUGUCCGUUCUUUAGUUUCCUUCACGAGCGACCGCGGUGUCACUCCCUCUCGGGGAUAACCCUUCGUUCCCGACGGCGAUGAUCUCUGUUCCUUUCCGAGGAGGUGAAGAUGGAUUACAUAGUUCUCGACGUAAACGCGCGCGCCGGGGUUCUUUCGAAAAAAAAAAAAAGAAGAGAGUGUUUAGUUGGCGAAGAAAAAGAAAAGGUUUGUCUCACUCGUGAGAGGACUUGCUUAGCUGUGCGAGAACGUUCCGCGGGAAAAACGCGUGACGCUCACGCGCAAACAGCGCUCGUAGACGCGCAAUUAGGCGAGAACUCGCCUUACAUAGGCGUGUUUGUAAAUACGACGCGUUGUCGGCGCUGCGUGCCACAGCUCGCUCGCUUCGUAAUGCCUCGGCCGAGAUAGCUGUAUCGACGCUCGCGGGCCUACGUGGAAGACUUAUGGCCGCAGCGGCCCGCAAAUCGCUCCGUCACCGUUUCAAACGCGCUCGCCGGACGUUCCUUUCUCGCAGAGCGCACCGCGUUGCGCACCAUACCGCGCUGUGAGAUGCUCAUCGGUAUCCGAAAUUACUGGAGAGUAUCGCGGCGAGGUAAUCGUUACGUCAGCUUGACGCGAUUCCACACAGGGUAAUUCGAAAGAAAAAAUAGAAAAAAGUCGGACACUCUUACAUCGCUUAUUUCGUUGAUAUUUUGCGCGCCUAACAUUAUCAAUAGAUAUCUCGUAGGUCAGCUCUUGUGCGUCAUGACAGAUCGCGGCACGUACACAAUUGGCUUCAAAGAGCGAAAUAAAUCACCUGUGUCCGCGACAAGCCACGCCGACCGAGCCGACUUUUGCUCCAUUUUCUGCUACAUACACUGCUGCGUACACUGAAACACAUCUCGGGCUCUUUUGCUGAAUCACCCUGUACGGUUGCGUUCGAUAUGCACACAUUCGACGUUCCGUACCGCGUAUCGCCGAUAUCUGUAGAUAUUUGAAUUUAUUAAAAGAUACCGCGAACGAUAAUCGUAAUGUCGGCUCGCGAUGGGUUCCUUCCUACAGAAGUUGCGAAGAAUCGAAGAGAUAUCGCGUCGUAUCAAUUUGUGAGCGUUGUUGCUCCACUCUUGAUAUGUUUCGAUAAUUGUUAAGAUAUCGGCGAAAUGUCGUUAUCACUGUACUGAAUAUCCAUCAACCGUACAACCGAUUCGAAGCUCUCGCACGCUGUGUCGAUUGCCGAGUAAAUUGUCGCCGCGUGGAGCGCGUAGCUUCGGAGACGCGCUACCACCCGCAAAGAAAUUCCGAAUCGCGUGGAAGGCACGUCGCAGCUUCCUAAGGGAAAACGAAGGAAUCCGAGAGACGAGUCGCAUGCAAUGGAAAAGAGGAUCUCCGCGAGUUUGUCCGAUUACACACGGGAUCUUUCGAAAUUCGCAAAGAAUGUCUCGGAUCUUGAAAUACAGCGCGCGAGCUUUUAGCAUGUCUCCGCGGAUGAUCGCGCGAAAAUAACAAUUCUUUGCCGCGGUUCGGCAAAAAUGAUGUCGGCGAAUAUCGAAUACGCGCGAGUACGGGGCCGGGAUACAUGUAUCGGCGAGGAUGUCCUACAGACUGUCAUGCAGGACCGUCGAAUCCCUCCUCGGGGAUUACACGAUCUAAUUUGAGCGAGAAGCGACGGAUAAACCGCGCCCGUGAUCAAUCAACGAUUAUCGAUGCCUUUUGCAUUGUGCGGAAGUAUUAAGAGCACACAAACGUUGCGAGAGAAAAGAAAGGACAUGCAUACAGUCACACACACGCGCACGCGCACACACACACACACACACACACACACAGUGAUCUCAUUUAUUUUUUCACGAUGCGCGCAGCGAGCGGACCAGCCGAUCGAUGCGAGGCGAGAUCAUUGAUAGCUUAGCUUAGGUUCGGUUUAGUUCCCGACAGCUACGCUCUUAACCCUAAACGGUAUAAAGACACUGUCAUCCCUUGAAAGCGGCGAGAUAACAAUAAAAUGAAUCGUAAUGUACCGAGAGGAGACUGAACCUCGACGUCUGCAAGAAUGUAUUCUGAAAAAUGAGAUACAUUGUACGCACAAGCGGAUGCCUUGAAGCCCACUUGAAAAUAUGACUUUCCUUAUCGAUGGAACCUUAUACCGCGAGGGUAUAACAAUCGUAAUCCGUAAACGAGAGGAACUCGCGUCAGAUAAACAUGAGCUUCGACGUAAAGCAUCUCGCACGGCAGGCCUAUAAAUAAUAAUAGGCUUUGAGGUAAAGGAGAGACACCGCGAGAUGGGAUGUCGAUUAUAUCGUUUAGGGUUAAUUCGGCGCGCUGGAGUAUUAAUGGAGGAGUGGAAAAUGUCAAAGAUGUAGAUAACGUUCACGUUGCAGAAAAAGGGAUGAAAAAAGCGAAAAGUUAAAUGGAAAGGACACCACAUGACGCGAAGCGUUAACGUGGACUUGCAUAAUAACAUAUAGCUUUAUAUAUCUUCCUCUCUCUUUUUCCUUCUCUCUCUCUCUCUCUCUCUCUCUCUCUCUCUCUCUCUCUGUGCAUGUUUUAGUGCAUAGUUACUUAUCGCUAUCGAUCGCUAGGAGAUACACUGAGUUGAUGUUAUAUACACCGCUACCCACACGUGUAAGAACAUUGUACGCGUGCGUUGUGCAAGUUCGCGACGAGAUGGAUUCUCCGCCGCACACGGAGACGGGAGGAAAAAUCCAUCUGUAACGGAAGGUCCCUGUGUGGCAGCUGUGACGUCAUGAGCUAACUCAAUUAUUGAAAGAGGCUGUUACUCCUGGUGCAUGACCGUCGUCGCUAUCACGUUACUGCUCGAUAAUAGCGUCGCGACACACGGGUAUAUCGUUAAUAACAAUGGGUCCCGCGUUAUUUCUAAACCUUGCAAUCAAUUGACGCAAAUAAGCCUUCGAUUAUUCCGGUCGGCUCGUGACGUCAUUGACUGGCACAGCGUCCGGGAUUUUCUAUUUGAGGGAGAGACAGUGUUGGUAAAUGCGGUCGCCACACUUGCGGUGACGCAAUGAUACGACACUCGUAGCGAUACGUAGCGAAGGAAACGAUCGUGCGUAACGAUCCGCGCCGUGCGGGUUCUCGUCGCUUUCGUCGACGUAGCCGCCUUAUCCGACUAAUUAGAUAAGUUAGCAAUUAGUACACAUCGCGUACCUACCUACUGCGAGCGCGGCGAACGAAUUGCGUCAGGAUUCAUCACAGUUCCGACGGAGAAUGCUUGUGUGUACUCGUGUUUACUUAUGUACGUGGAGAGAGCGUACGUGGAAAUUACGUUAGAGUCUCUUUCAUUCUUUUUUCUUUCCCUUGUGAUGAUGAGUGAGUAGUCCCCCGUUCUUUUCUAAGUUUUGCCGUUAAGAAGGGUGCAUUACGGAAACUAUAUCUCGUUGUGAUCGUUGGGCUCGCAUGUCCGACACAAGUCUUACUAAUUAAUUAUGAGAAUAAUGAUAAGGAGGAAAAAUAAUGAAAAAUAAACAAGUUCAAAGUUUCGAAGGCAGA